UCAGAGCCUCACUUUUUCUUAUUACUGCCAAUUCUGCCUCUAUAUCAUCAUCCACCACUGCUUUCCCAACCUCUCCCCCCCAUCACUUUCUCGAGAAAAUUGUAGUUUUCCCAAAUCCAAAGCUCUCAAAGAUGGCAGCUUUUUCAUACGAACAACACCUUCCUUUUCUCCUCGACUCUGUUUGCUCACCAACCAAACUUUCUGGCUUUAUGGAGGAAGGAAACAUAUUCGACACCAACUGUUUCUCCCCAUUUUACUUGCCGGACCCUUGGCCGGAGACGACCCUUCUUGAUCACAGCUCAAAGUUGGCUGUUAGUGAGGAUAAUGAACCUUCUUCUGUGAUCAGAAAGCAGAGUACUGAGUCGUCUAUUGUGGUGGAUAAGAUUGAAAGUGGUGAGCAGGUUACUCAAAACGUAAGUCAAAUGAGGAGGAAGAGGAAGAGCAGAAAUGGGUCAUCCUUGAAUCCUGAUCCAUCUAAGGAUGCAAGAGAAGGGAAGAGCAAGAAGCAAAAGAAGAACAAUGGUUCCAUGAAUGAUGAAGAGAAAGACCCAAAAACUGAUGAUCAAAAGGAGCAAAAUAAGAGUUCUGAGGAACCUCCAAAAGGCUACAUUCAUGUAAGAGCGAGAAGAGGACAAGCAACAGACAGCCACAGCCUUGCAGAAAGAGUAAGGAGAGAGAAAAUCAGUGAGAGGAUGAAGAUUCUACAGCAGCUUGUUCCUGGCUGUGACAAGGUAACUGGAAAGGCCCUAAUUUUGGAUGAGAUAAUCAAUUAUGUCCAGUCUCUUCAGAAUCAAGUAGAGUUUCUCUCAUUGAAGCUUUCUUCUUUAAAUCCUCUUUUCUAUGACUUUGGGAUGGAUACUGAUGCAUUCAUGGUCCGACCAGAUCAGAGAUUGAAUUGCAUGGCAUCACCACUGCCACCUCUGCAACAAUGCAGCCUCACUCAGGCCACAGCUUUUGCUGAUACAACCACCGCCUUUAUCCCUCCUAAUAGCUUUCCUCUUGUCGAAGCUUCACCUUCACUUUUACUUCAAUCUCAGCCCAAUGGAGAUGUAAUGUGGGAUGUGGACGACCAGAGACAGAGGCUUCUCAGUUCAUCUGGGUUCAAUGACAAUUUGUGUUCCUUCCAUUAAAUGUUGAUACUGUGCUGCUCUACAAAAACCAAACAUCUAGUGUUGCCAAACAGGGAGAAAAGGAGAAACCCCUAGAAAAAUGAAGAAUCAGUACAAGGCUUCUGUUUUCUAGUGGAGGAUGGGGGAUUCUGCUUCCCUGGGAAAGAUAUAGUUCAAAUCCAACCAAGUUAGAAACGGAAUCUGAAACAUGAAUAAAGGGCAGCAGCAUAAUCAAUGGAGGAUGAAAACCAAAGAGGACAGACAUAAACCAACCAAAUGAGACCAGAUCUUUGGUAGAUUCCUUGUUCUUGUCCAUAUUGACUCUACCAUGUCUCUAUCAUGCACAAAUUUCCAGAAUAUAUGGUUGUUAUGGUUAAUUAGGAUUAUGAGCAGUGGUAGUAUUUUUUAUCAGAUAGAAUUGUAUUAUAUAUAAAAUUGAAUUUCCUUG